AUGCAAUUAUUUUUUCUAAUAAGAAAAAAUAUCAAAACUGAAAAUGUUGCUAAAUAUUCUGCUAAAGAUUUUAUUAAAGAAGGUGAAACAAGAGGAAGAACAAAAGAUGGGAAAGAGAAGGGUGAGACUGUGAGAAAAGAAAAAGAUUUUAUUUCUCCAACAUCUUUAGUUCGAUCGUUACUGAUAAGGAAAUACGUAAGUCAAAAUGCCUGCGCUGAUCCCUAUCCUUUUGGAGUUUAUAGGAUGACAAUGAAGAUCGGCUAUUGCCCAAAGAAAAAAGUCCUGAUUGCACCUCACCCAUUUUGUCAUCAGGCACAGUCUGAAACUUCCAUUUGUAAACUUUUAUUUCCAUACCAACUGCGUGGGUUUAGGCGAGUUUUCUUAAAGCGUACCUGUGGUACCUCAUCUGACUUGGGAAGUGUCGCUGAAUCUAAAGCAAGGUACCCGGUUAAUCCUCAACUUUGGGUUAUGAGUUAUGAUUUAAGCAUAUAG